AUGGGAGGAACUUAUUCGACCAAAAACCCGGGUAAAACUGACAACACUCCCGGCCAUCCUAUUCGCCACACACCAGAGACGGUCCGCACCGCCCCUGCUAGACUGGUCGAGAGAAGGACUUCUGACCUCAGUUCUCUGCGGUCAAGGCCCUUGCCUUCCAUAAGUCCUCCGGCGGCGGGGAUCUCCUCUGUCCACAGUACACGGAGGGCGGGUACCUCUUCAGUCCCCAGUCCUCAGGGGUCAGAAAAGAUCAAAGCCUCCAGUCCUCAGGGGCCGGGACCCACUUUAGUCCCCAGUCCUCAGGGGUCGGGACCCACUUUAGUCCCCAGUCCUCAAGGGUGGGAGACCUCUUCAGCCCCCAAUCCUCAGGAGUCGGGGAUCUCUUCAGUCCCCAGUCCUCAAGGGUGGGAGACCCCUUCAUCCCCCAUUCCUCAAGGGGCGGAGACCUCUUCAACUCCCAGUCCUCAGGGGUUGGGGAUCUCUUCAGCCCUCAGUCCUCAGGGGUCGGAAACCUUUGCAGCCCCCAUUUUUCAGGGGUCGGGGUCUUCUUUACCCCUCAGUCCUCUGGAGACGGGUACCUCUUCAGCCUCCAGUCACCAGGAGAUUGUGACGUUUUCAGCCUCCAGUCCUCAGUGGUCGGGGACCUCUUCAGCCUCCAGUCCUCAGUGGUCGGAGACCUCUCCUGAACCCAGUACUGAGUGGUCGAGGACCUCUUCCGCCACCAGUCCUAAGGAGACGGGGACUUCUUCAGCUCCCAGUCCUCAAGGGCCAGAGACCUCUUCAACCCCCAGUCCCCAGGGGGCCAAAAAGAUCAGAGUCCCUACUCACGCGGUGUCACUCCCAAUUUUUCCGGUGAACAGUCCCAAUAAUCCCCUGGAAAAUCAUUUAGACAAGUGUCCCUUGCCAAUCGACAGCAAAAUCCUCGAACGCUGCCGUCACGUCAACCAUGACGGCAACUACUACUACACCGCCCCAGAGUACAUAUCCCUCCAGACCUGCGCUCAUGACUACUAUACCAAACCCCUGCCAGUAAAGAAGACGCAGGUCGACUGGGCCGUGAUUGCAGGGUCGCUGGUGCUGUGUUUAUUGAUAAUCAUCAUUAUUUAUAUGUCCACCCGAGGACCCUGCGUCAUAACCUACUGA